CAGGUGUGUAACUGCUGCUUAUUUUGCAUGAAAUGAUGUUUUCUCUCAGCUGUGCAACAUGUAAAACUCUAAUUGACCUUAUUCUUUGCUUCAAAUAUUUUAAAAUGUCCAAGAACCAAUGUUACAUAGGUUUAAUUCAAUUUAACUUCUCUCAAAUUGAGAACUUCCCAUGUAAUUAGUGUUGCAGAAAUUCUUGUUCCAUGUCCUUCUCAACUGUUAUGUCUGACUCUGCUCUAUGUCACUGCUUGUUCCUUUUGAUAUUAUGUGUAAAAAAUUGUGCUACAAAUGAUGUUUCUUGAGCAACGACCUGCUGGACAGUGCUGAGCUGGGGAGCCAAGAUGAAGGCAGGAAAUGCCUGAAGAAAACCACACUGCUGUGACUGAGUUUGUUCUCUUGGGUUUCACUGACCGUUGGGAGGUGAAGUUUCCUUUGUUUGGGCUCUUCCUACUCAUCUAUGUCACCACGCUGGGGGGCAACGCCGGCAUCAUCGUGCUCGUCCGGCUCAAUGCCUGUCUUCACACCCCCAUGUACUAUUUCCUGAGCAAUUUAUCUUUCUUAGACCUCAGCUAUGCCUCCGCCAUUGCUCCCAAGCUGCUGGUGAAUCUUGUAGCGCAGCGCACCACCAUUUCCUUCUUUGGUUGUGCUACACAGAUGUUCCUCUUUGCCGCUCUGGCUGAUGCCGAGUGCUUCCUUUUGGCUGUGAUGGCCUAUGACCGCUAUGUGGCCAUCUGUCAGCCUUUUCUCUACUCUGUUGCCAUGUCACGCCGGGCCUGCAUCUCCAUGGUAGCUGGGGCUUAUCUCAGCGGGGGCCUGACCUCACUGGUGCACACGUCUUUCACAUUCACCCUGUCCUUCUGUGGCUCCAACACCAUCAACCACUUCUUCUGUGAUAUUCCCCCACUGCUGGAGCUCUCCUGCUCAAGCACCACGGUCAACGAGGUGCUUCUCAUCACCUUGUGUGGCUUCAUACAAACCAGUUCCUUCCUGGUCAUCGUCAUCUCCUACACCUGCAUCCUUGGCACCAUCCUCCGGCUCCACGCGGCAGAGGGCAGGCACAAGGCCUUCUCCACCUGCACCUCUCAUCUCAUGGCCAUUGGGUUCUUCUAUGGCUCCCUCCUCUUCAUGUACUUACGGCCCAGCUCCAGCUAUUCAUUGGACAUCGACAAGCUAAUUGCUUUGUUUUACACUGUUAUCCUUCCCAUGCUGAAUCCCAUGAUCUACAGCUUGAGAAACAAAGAGGUGAGGGAAGCCUUAAGAAGGUCACUAGAGAGAAAAGUGUUUUCUCAGUCGUUUACUUAGCAGGAAAAACUGCAUCUAAGUGCUGAUAGGGCAGCUCUGGCUCAGGGCUGUGCAAAGUCACUAAAUCUGUCUAAUACCUGUUCCUGUUGUUCCUAUCAUCUCCAUCUUAACUGGUUUCCACAGUUCUAUUUUGUUGUUGCUCGAAAUAAAAAAGGGGUUAUGUAGUGAGUAGUUUCCUAAGGCAGAAGCCUAAAAUAAGGCUAAUUUUUAUUUCAAGAACCUAUCUGUCUGCUCUUUCACCAAAGGGAAUCUCUCCCACAUAUGGGCAUCUACAGAUUUGCAUUUCUUACAUUUAGCAAGGUUACCUUGAAAUUGCAUAUAUCAUAAAUGAGUCCUCUGUCAUACAUUUAAGAAAUUAUGGUUGGUUGUUAAAAAUAGAGCAAUUAUAUUCUGGAUUAAGCAGCUCACCUGUACUUUUUGUAGAGGUAUUUUGUAGCACCUAUUCAGAGGCAUGACUGAGAUCCAUCUUUUCUGGAAAGUGAGUUAUGCCUAUUUUUGACUGCAGAUGUUUAACUUGAAUAAAUUAAUUGAAAACUUUCAGGUGAUGGUUUUCCUUCUCUGAUGGAGUGGAGUAUUUUUUCCCAAUAUCCGAAAAGUAAAACUUCUUUUGUUGCUUGUGACUGAGAAUGUACUAAAACACUUUCAAAGUAUCUUUUGCUCUAAUGCAAAAUAAAAAUAUUUGAUUUUUUAAUGAUUCUUCACUAUCUUUGAUUAUAAGUUCCUUAUGAUAAUCAGCAGACAUUUUUGGGAUUUUAUCAAGGUUCAAAGCCACACUGUAAGUGUCCAUGUCAGGACUCACAGUGCUUUACUAAGCAUUAAUUGCCCUGAUCAGCCUCACCUGAAACACCCACCCCCAUAUUCAGGAGCUUUAUUUAAGCCCAAGUCUGGGAUGUUGCUUUUAUUCUCUUUCUGAUCUAUGUUAGAGGAGCCCUAGUUUUUGCUUAGCCUACAGAGCAUCUUGAUCCAGAUCUCAACCCGUGGGCUGAAUUUCUCAUUUGACUCUAGCCGUGCCU